GUCAAAUCCUCCAAUCUAUUUGUUUAUACGAAAAAUUAGAUAUAUAGCUUAAAGACAACAAGUCUCAUUAUGAUAACUAGAAAGCCGUCUCUCUUGUCAGAAUACUAAAUCCUCCUAACAACUUCUCCAUAAACCAAAAACCUUCAAAUCUCUCCAAUCCUCACACACACACACACACACACACAAAGAACCAGUCAAUAUGGUGAGUCCCUUCUCAUCACCGAAGAGAUCUAAGAAAGAAAGCAGGAACCCUUAUUCAAGUCGCGGACUUGAAAAAUUCUCUGCACUUCUCUCUGAGCUUGACGAGAAGAGACAGAGCAUUUACGCAAAUAGGCUAGACCCCGAUGGGCCUCCUCUUGUUCGGUUUGUUUUCAAAAGCUCCGGAGAGUGCGUUCCUGUGAUGAUCAAGACAAAUAAGGUAGCCAAGAAGAAGGUCGAUGGUCAAGAAGAUGAUCUCAAGAACAAGACCGAGUCGAAAACAAAGGAGGCAAAAGAAAUAAAGGAGACAGAGUCAGAAACAACGGAGCAGAAACGUAGAUGUGUAUUGAAAGAGAAUCUUAAGAAGAUUUCAAGACCGAACCGUUUUUUACCCGUGACAACGAUCUUGGUUCUAGUCUUCUUGGUGUUUUUUGGAAGAACGGUUUCGAUCAUGUGCACUUGUAUCGUUUGGUAUUUGGUUCCAAUGAUCAAAGAACAUAGCAGAAAGAAAGGAUCAACAUACAAGACCAAGAAGAAGAAGAAGAAAAUGAACGAGAGCAUGGCUCGUGAUCAAACUGUUAUCAAAGAGAAGCUUCCGCGUAUGGCUGCUCCUAGUAAAACUCGGUGAUGAUAACUGAUGUAACCUUUUUUUCUUUCUUUUAGUUGUGUUUGAAAGUUCUUUUAUUCGUUUCAUCUGACAUUUAACCUUAAUCUUUUGUUGGUUUUGUUCCUUAAAAUAGAA